GGAUGGGGAAACCGGGCCCGAGAUGGGGACACGCGGGGCCGUGACAUGGCCGCGCCCCUCGCAGAGACCACGCCCCUCGCGCAGACCACGCCCACAUAGUAAAUAAAGGCGUGGUCAAAAUAUGCGCGCGGGGGGCGUGGCCAGGAGUUGGCGGACGGUCAAUGAUUGACGCGUGAGGGCGCGGCCAGGGCGCGGCGCUCAAUGGGCGUGGCCAGGAGCUGGCUGGCGUCCAAUGGGCGGCGCGUGCGUUGUGUGGGGGCGUGUCCCGAGCCGCGCCGCUCAGCCAAUCAGCGCCGCGUGCGUGCGCGGGGCGCGGCCGGGGCGGCGCCGCGGCGGGAGCGGAACGGGAGCGCGGAGCGGAGCGGGAGCGGAGAUGGAGCGGCGGGGCGGGCUCGGGCUGGCGGCGCUGGGCGCCCUGGGCCGGCGGCUGCUCUGGGCGCUGCCCGCUUAUGCCGCGGGGCUGCUGGGGCUCGGGGCGGGCGCCGUGGUGCUCGCCCUGGCGCUCUACGCGGGCUGGCGGCGGCGGCGGCGCGCCCGGGAGCGCGGGAUGCGCGCGGCCGAGCGCCUGCACCGCGAAGAAGAAGCGGCGGUGCGCGCCGCCGCCCGCGGGGAGCUGCCGGCCUGGGUCAGCUUCCCGGAUGUGGAGCGGGCGGAAUGGCUCAACAAGGUCCUGGCCCAGGCCUGGCCCUUCCUGGGCCGGUAUCUCGAGAAGCUCCUGCAGGACUCGGUGGCCCCGGCCAUCCGCGCCUCCAGCGCUCACCUGCAGAGCUUCACCUUCACCAGGGUGGACCUGGGACAGAAGCCCCUCCGUGUCCUGGGCGUCCAAGCCCACCCUGGAACCCACAAGAAGCAAAUCCUGCUGGACCUCAACAUCAGCUACGUGGGCGACGUCCAGAUCGACGUGGAGGUGAAGAAAUUCUUCUGCAAGGCGGGGGUGAAGGGGAUGCAGCUCCAUGGGGUGCUCAGGAUCAUCCUGGAGCCGCUGCUGGGGGAUGCGCCCAUCGUGGGGGCGCUCAGCCUGUUCUUCAUCCGCCGCCCGACGCUGGACAUCAACUGGACAGGAAUGACCAACCUGCUGGACAUCCCGGGGCUCAGCUCCAUGUCGGACUCGAUGAUCAUGGACAGCAUCGCCUCCUACCUGGUGCUGCCCAACCGGCUCCUGGUGCCGCUGCUGCCCGACCUGCCCGAGGCUGCGCGGCUGCGCUGGCCCCUGCCCAGGGGCGUGGUGCGGGUGUCGCUGGUGGCCGCGCGGGCGCUGCGCUCCAAGGAUCGGUUCCUGGGCGGGCUCGUCCAGGGCCGCUCGGACCCGUACGCGCUGCUCAGGGUGGGGACACAGGCGGCCACCAGCAGGGUCAUCGGGGACAGCCUGGACCCCGUGUGGGACGAUAUGUACGAGUUCAUGGUGCACGAGGUGCCCGGGCAGGAGCUGGAGGUGGAGCUCUUCGACAAGGACCCCGACAAGGACGAUCUGCUGGGCAGGAUGAAGCUGGACCUCGGGGAGGUGCUCAGAGCUCGGGUGAUGGACGAGUGGUUCCCGCUGCAGGAGGGCGGGCAGGGCCGGCUCCACCUGCGCCUGGAGUGGCUCUCGCUGCUCUCCGACGCCUCCAAGCUGGACCAGGUUUUGGAAAAGAACCAAAAAAUCGUGGCCAAGCCUGACCCGCCCUCCUCCGCCAUCCUCGUGGUGUAUCUGGACAGGGCUGAGGGGCUGCCCGUAAGGAAAGCAGGCAAGGAGCCCAACCCCGUGGUGCAGGUGUCGGUGCAGGACGUCACCAGGGAGAGCAAGGUGGUCUGCAACACCUCAGCCCCCGUGUGGGAGGACGCCUUCCGCUUCUUCCUGCACGACCCCCGCAACCAGGACGUGGAUUUCCAGGUGAAGGACGACCCCCGCCAGUCCCCCCUGGGCUCUCUGUCGCUGCCUCUGUCGCGACUCCUGGAGUCGCCGUCGCUGUCGCUGGCCGAGCCCUUCCCGCUGCAGCGCUCGGGGCCGGGGGCGCUCCUGCACCUCCAGCUGGAGCUCCGGGUGCUGUUCCCGGAGCCCCCCGAGCCCGGCGCGGCCACCCCGGCACAGGCGGAGCCCCCCAAAGGUGACACCGAGGGACCCCCCCGGAGACCGAGCCGGGCCGGGCCCGACCCCCGCGCCGGCAGCGAGCGGGUGCUGCGGGUGCAGCUCCUGGAGGCCGCGGACCUCGUGGCCAAGGACCAGCGGCUCGGGGGCCUCGCGGGCCGCUCCGACCCCUACGCCGAGACCCGCGCGGGCGGGAGCCGCUUCCGGAGCCGCGUGGUGCGAGAGGAGCUGAACCCGCGCUGGAACGAGAGCUACGAGGUGAUCGUGGACGAUGUCCCAGGGCAGGACGUGGAGUUCGACCUCUUCGACAAAGACAUCGACAAGGACGAUUUCCUGGGCAGGUGCAAGGUGCCCCUCAGGAGGGUCCUGAGCAGCCGCGUCGUGGAUGAGUGGCUGCCCCUCCAGGACGUUCGCUCGGGGCGGCUCCACGUGCGCCUGGAGAGCCUCGAGCCACGGCCCAGCCCCGAGCUGCUGGACAGGGUCCUGCACACCAACGCCCUCCUGCAGCCCCAGCACGGCCCGGAGCUCUCGGCCGCGCUGCUCCGCGUGUACCUGACAGAGCCGCGAUCUGCCGAUGUCCCCAAAUGUCCACAAAAUGUCCCCAAAUGUCCCCCCCAGCUCCUGAAGGGCUCCCAGCCCCCCUCAGCCUUUGCCAGCCUGGCCGUGGGCGACGCCUCCUUCAAAACCAAGAGCUGCCCCCCCUGCACGGAGCCCGUGUGGGAUGAAGGCUUCUCCUUCCUCAUCAGGCGCCCGCACCUGGAGACCCUGGAGCUGCAGGUCCGGGCCGAGGCGGGGCCUGCCCUGGGCUCUCUGACGCUGCCCCUGGCGCGGCUGCUGCCCCGGCCCGGGCUCUGCACGGACGGGUGGGAGCCCCUGGCCGGGGGGGGGCGGAUCCUGCUCAGGGCGCAGCUCGGGGUGCUGGUGCCGCUGGAGGUUGAGGAGGGGGGCGGCCAGGAGAGGCGCCCCCAGCCCACGCAGGGGCCCCGGGUGCUGCUCUCGCUCCGGUUCCAGCGCGAGCAGCGCCGCCUCGUGGCCAUCGUGCACAGCUGCAGGGACCUGCGGGCGGCCUCCAAGGACCUGCCCGACCCCUACGUGUCCCUGGCGCUGCUCCCCGAGCGCAGCCGCGCCACCAAGCGCAAAACGGGGGUGCAGAAACGGACCCUGAACCCCGAGUUCAAUGAGAGGUUCGAGUGGGAGCUGCCCCCGGAGGAGGCCCCGCGGCGCCGCCUCGAGGCCACCGUGAAAUCCUCGGUGAAUUUCGUGACCCGGGAGAAGGAGACGCUGGGCAAGCUGCAGCUGGAGCUGGCCCAGGUGGAUCUGAGCGAGGGGGACCCGCGCUGGUACGAGCUGCAGGACGAGCGGAGCCUCCCCUGAAUUUGGGGACCCCCCCCCCCCCACAAAUCCCCACACACGGGGGGGGCUCGGGACCCCCCCCCCACCAAAGAGGUGCCGGGACCCCCCCCCAGCGCCCCCCCCCCCAAAAGCUCUGGUGCCUUGCGACCCCCCCCAAAAAGGGACCCCGAGAGACCCCCGGGGUUCUGUGACCCCCCCCCAACACCGGGGGCGCUUCUUGGAGCCGCUGCUGCCACCGCCGGGGCUGUCCCCAAGGUGCCACCAAGAUGCCACCCCCGGGAUGUCCCCAAAUGUCCCUGGGUUAUCAUCGGGAUGUCCCCAAGAUGUCACCGCCGGGAUGUCCCUGAAUGUCACCAGGAUGUCCCCAGGGUAUCACUGGGAUGUCACCACUGGGAUGUCCCCAAGGUGUCCCCAAGGUGUCCCCAAGGUGCCACUGCCGGGAUAUCACCGGGACAUGACCGGGAUGUCCUUGGAUGUCACUGGGAUGCCACUGGGAUGUCCCUGGAUGUCACCACUGGGAUGUCCCUGGAUGUCACCGAGAAAUCACCGGGAUGUCCCCAAAUGUCACUGGGAUGUCACCGGGUUAUCACCACUGGGAUGUCGUCACUGGGAUGUCCCUGGGAUGUCACCGAGAUAUCACCAGGACAUCACCGGGUGUCACCAGGAUGUCCCCAGACGUCACUGGGAUGUCCCCAAGGUGUCCCCAGAUGUCACCACCAGGAUGACCCUGGAUGUCCCCAAGGUGUCACUGCUGGGAUGUCACCGGGUGCCACCAGGAUGUCCCUGGAAUGUCACCAGGUGUCCCCGGGAUGUCCCUGGAUGUCCCCAGGAUGUCCCCGAGAUGCCACCGCCAGGCCACUGCUGCGAUGCCACCACCGUGCCGCCCCCGGGCUGUCCCCGGGCUGUCACCCCUGGGCUGUCCCCGGGCUGUCACCCCCGGGCUGUCCCCGGGCUGUCACCGCGCUGCCGCCACCGCCGUGCAACGCCCUCCCCUUGCCCGCGCUAAUAAAGGAGGGAGGACACGG